AUGGCAACUUCUUUUCUAGGGGAGGAGCCGCGAUUAGGUUCGACUCCUUUAGCCAUGUUGGCUGCGACGUGCAACAAAAUUGGUUGUCCAUCCCCAUCCGCAAUCUCGGAUACCACCUCGCAUUUCGGGAAAGGAUUCCACCCGUGGAAGCGUUCCGCGCCCAGCAGCUGCAGCCUGGGCUCGGGUUUGUCCUCCAGCUUCGGCGUGGCCAGGAACGGCACUGCUCUGGCGGACUCGUUCGGUACCAACGGCACCACGGCGUCCAGCGCCUUCUCGCUCACACCGGGCACCACGUCCAACUCGCACCUCGGUAACGACUACCCGGUGUUCCAGCCGCAGGCCACCAGCGCGUCACAAGAAGCCGGACAUCAACCCGUGUUCAUAUCCAAGGUGCACACGAGCGUGGACAGCUUACAGGGCAUUUACCCGCGCAUGAGUGUGGCGCACCCGUACGAAUCAUGGUUCAAGUCCUCGCACACGGGACUGCAGGCGGGUGACGUGGGCACCGCGGGCGCUUCAGCCUGGUGGGACGUUGGCGCAGGCUGGAUAGACGUGCAGAACGCAAACGGUGCAGCCGCUGCUCUGCAAACUCCUUUGCACUCUGGGGGGCUCCAGACGUCUUUGCACUCACCGCUGGGCGGCUACAACUCGGACUACUCCGGUUUGGGUCACUCUGCUUUCAGCACAAGCCCAUCGCCGCACCUUCUGACCAGCGGUCAGCACAUUAUGGACAGCUUUAAACCGGUGCUUUCGUCCUACCCGGACUCGAGCCCGUCUCCUCUAGGAGGCGCCGGGGGUGCCAUGCUAAGCGCGGCACCGGCCGCGUCGCUGGCUGGUUCGCCCAGGUCGUCUGCGCGUCGCUACUCGGGCCGUGCCACAUGCGACUGCCCAAACUGCCAGGAAGCUGAACGCCUGGGGCCAGCCGGUGCCAGCCUGCGCCGGAAAGGCCUCCACAGCUGCCACAUCCCCGGCUGCGGCAAGGUGUACGGCAAGACUUCGCACCUGAAAGCUCACCUGCGCUGGCACACGGGCGAGCGCCCUUUCGUCUGCAACUGGCUCUUCUGCGGGAAGCGCUUUACGCGCUCGGACGAGCUGCAGCGACAUUUGCGCACCCACACGGGAGAGAAGCGCUUCGCCUGUCCCGUGUGCAACAAGCGCUUCAUGCGCAGCGACCACCUGAGCAAGCACGUGAAGACGCACAGCGCGGGCAGCUCCGCUGGCUCGGGUUCGGGCGGCAGCGGGGGCAAACGCGGCAGCGACACCGACAGCGAGCACAGCGGACCCGGCAGCCCUACGUGCCAUUCCCCCGACCUGCUCCAGUCAGCCGAGACUCUUCCGUCCAACCUGAACGGCCGCGCCAACUCCCUCGAGUGAACCGCACCGGUUUGGGUUUAAAACCUGGCACGAACUGGUCCCGAAGUUCACCCAGAACGAGCAAGGGAGGGAGCCAGGCUCAGUCCAAAGUUAUCAAGAGAUAACAGAACUGAAUCAGAUCUGACUAGGACAGAUUCUGCUGCUCAGACGCAGGAAUGAAGCGUAAAACUUCUGGAGGAAAAUCUGGAUCUGAA